CGCUGACCCCCCCGUGUCCCCCCAGACAUGAUCGCCCCCCGCUCGGGGGGGGGCCGGGGGGGGCCCCCCCAGGUGGGCUCGGGCCGGGGGACCCUCCGGCUGCGCUCCCGCGGCCCCGCCACCGUCGAGGAGCAGCCCUCGGCCUUCGAGGAGCGGGCGGUGGCCAAGGUGGACGAUCUGCUGGAGAGUUACAUGGGCAUCCGGGACAGCGAGCUGGCCGCCACGAUGGUGGAGCUGGGCCGGGACGCUCGGGACCCCGACGCUCUGGCCGAGGCUCUGGACUCGCAGCUCGGCGACUUCGCCUUCCCCGACGAGUUCGUCUUCGACGUCUGGGGGGCCAUCGGGGACGCCAAGGUGGGGCGCUGCUAGAGCCCCCCACCCCCCCAGAGGGGACCCCCGGGAUCGGGGACACCCCCCCAGGAAUGGGGAACGACCCCAGGAUUGGGGACACCCCCCCAGGAAUGGGGAACGACCCCGGGAUCGGGGACACCCCCCAGGAAUGGGGAACGACCCCGGGAUCGGGGACACCCCCCCAGGAAUGGGGAACGACCCCGGGAUCGGGGACACCCCCCAGGAAUGGGGAACGACCCCGGGAUCGGGGACACCCCCCCAGGAAUGGGGAACGACCCCGGGAUCGGGGACACCCCCCAGGAAUGGGGAACGACCCCGGGAUC